GAUGAAAGAAAUAUACACUUGUUCAUUCAGACAAAAAUUGUUUCAAGAUGGCAGAGAGUGGCAUUUUGGUAAUUUUAUACGCUCUUGUUCUUGUUGCAGUUUAUGGUGUUGUUGCUGAGGAGAAGGAACAUGUGUUGACUUUGGACCAUUCCAACCUCACCGAUGUUGUCUCCAAACACAACUUCAUUGUUGUUGAAUUUUAUGCACCUUGGUGUGGGCACUGUAAGAGUCUUGCUCCUGAGUAUGAAAAAGCCGCCGCAGAGCUGAGUAGUCAUGACCCUCCAAUUGUUCUAGCCAAGUAUGAUGCAAAUGAUGAAGCCAAUAGAGAAGCCGUAGCACAAUACGAGAUCCAGGGCUUCCCAACUAUUAAGAUCUUGCGGGAUGGAGGAAAGAAAGUUCAAGAAUAUAAUGGCCCUCGUGAAGCAGAUGGUAUUGUAGCCUAUUUGAAGAAACAGCUGGGUCCUGCAUCUGCUGAAAUCAAGUCGAAGGAGGACGCCACAAACCUUAUUGAUGAGAAAAGCAUCUUUGUUGUUGGUAUAUUUCCAGAACCAUCCGGAGAGAAGUUUGAGAACUAUUUAACACUAGCUGAAAAAUUGCGAGGUGAGAUCGAUUUUGCUCACACUGUUGACGCUAAACACCUUCCUCGGGGUGGACCAGUCAAGAAGCCCACUCUUCGUCUUCUAAAGCCAUUUGAUGAACACUUUGAUGAUUUUGAGGAUUUCCAAGUCGAUGCAAUGGAGAAGUUCAUUACAGAAGCUAGUAUUCCUGUUCUUACUAUUUUUGACAAGGACCCAAACAACCAUCCUUAUGUUAACAAGUUCUUUGAUAGUACCAAUGCCAAGACAAUGCUAUUUGUGAACUUCAGCACUGAGCUUGACGCUUUUAAGUCCAAGUACCAUGAUGUUGCCAUGCUUUAUAAAGGGAACGGUGUGAGCUUCCUCUUGGGUGAUGUUGAGGCUGGUGAAGGUGCUUUUGAGUACUUUGGACUGAAGCCCGAACUGGCACCUGUGGUCAUAAUAAUGGACACUGAUGAUCUGAAGUACAUUAAGGACCAUGUAAAACCUGAUGACCUUGCUGCUUUCUUGAAGGAUUACAAGGAUGGAAAACUGAAGCCACAUGUAAAGUCACAGCCCAUCCCUGAAACCAAUGACGAACCUGUUAAGGUGGUUGUUAGGGAUACCCUCCAGGAUAUGGUUUUCAACUCAGGAAAAAAUGUGCUGUUAGAGUUCUAUGCACCUUGGUGUGGCCACUGCAAGAGUCUGGCUCCAAUUUUGGACGAAGUGGCUGUAUCAUUUGAAAGCGAUCCGGAUGUUCUCAUUGCAAAACUGGACGCAACCGCAAAUGAUCUCCCGAAAGGUGAAUUCGAUGUUCAGGGAUUCCCUACUAUGUACUUCAGAUCUGCCUCUGGUAGCUUGUCACAGUACGAUGGUGAGAGAACAAAAGAGGCGAUCAUCGAAUUUAUCGAGAAGAAUCGUGACAAGCCUGCUCAGUCAGACACUGCCAAAGACGAUUCAGCAAAGGAUGAGCUCUAGAGGUUGAUCUUCUCUUGUUCAGGAUUUCAGGAAACAUUGUGUACUGGUGCAUUCAGGUUUCGUUAAGGAUUUACUGUUUCAGUUUUUCCCCGACAACCUCCCAACCGACUCCAUUUCUGACUGCUGCUCCCUAUGCACUCUCCGCUUCAUCUGCUUCCCUUCUAGUUUUGAGUGCUGCUUUUAGCGCCAAUAAACGGUUUUAUGUAUCUAUUUGAUAUAUGGAAUGUAGCUGGAUUCUGAGUUAUUAUCAAUUGAGAAGUUCUGCAACUUUAGCA